AUGGCUCAUGGAAAAUCAAUGCCACGUCUUUCAGCAACCUCAUCACGAGGAGCUUUUUUCGUGUUUUUGAUUUCAAUUGUCGUUGUGGUCGACGGAUGUGUUUUAAUGAAAUUAAAUGAUUUUGAGCCGAUAUCCGUGGAGAAAAGGACUGCUUUAGCUGACGUGAUCAUCUCAGGUACCGUACUGCGUGUUCUCCGACAUCAAAGAUCGUGGGACUCGACAUACCCUGCCGAUGUACUCGUUGCCGAUGUCUACAAGGGAUACGAGUUGUUCGACAACGCGACGUCGCUGUCGGAAGAUGAAAUACAAGCGGAAUACAGGAGCUAUUACCCUCACGUUUACCGCAUCGACCGAUUCGGGGAUCAACGACUAUGCUGGGCCGAUGUCGUCCCCGGGAAGAACUACGUGUUCUAUUUGACGACGAACCCGAGUCCGAGGGAUUUAGAGAUGGCUUCUGAUGGCGAGGAGGUUGUCGAUAUGUCAACGAUGAUGACAAAGGAAGGGAUAAAGCUUGAGGCUAGCCAUGAUGCUGUGUCAGGGGCUUCUAUCGAAUACGAUGUGAAUACAGAGGAGAACAUUCUCAAUAUACUAGGUUGGCGACCAUGGGCGUCGUGGUCAUCGUGUACCAAGGAAUGUGGAGCUGGACACCAGACUCGACGUCGAGUGUGCGUUCGCGAUGUCCCCAAUGCAUGCGAGGGAGAUGCUAAACAGAAACGACAAUGCAACACCUUCGACUGUUCAGAUGUGAAAGACAUGAAGAAGAUCCUUCAUCUUGAUGACUUUCCUCCCGGGGUUCGACGGGCUCCAAGCCGGUGGACAGCUUACAGAAUCACGCAUCAAGCCAGAACGCUUCGUGUUCCGACCAGCGAGAUCUACGGCAAGAGUUUCCCGCACCAGUUCGCAGUCCUCCUCACCGUCAAACCCAAGGUUACGCUACGCAAAAACCGCGGAGAUCCGUACGCCUUGCUUUUCACCGACGCUGGUGGCAACAUUCAAUUUGGCAUCAAACUCGCAAAGACCCCUUCCGUCGUGUAUAGUCAACUGGACGGGACGCUCAAGGAACUCAAUUUCACCGAUUAUGUUUUGGAUAGAAGUUGGCAUUACAUGGCUUUUAGUGUUAACAAGCAUACAGUAACGUUGAUUGCAGACUGUAAGCAAGUGUUCACACUCAAUAUUGAGAGGAGCGAUCGAGCAACGAUUGAUGCUACGGGUACGGCAUCAAUCGGUGGUGGAUAUCGAGCAGUCAAUAGUGCUUAUUUUGAGGGUGAUAUCGAUCAACUGGUUUUGACGAAUGACUCGUCAACCGCAGAGUUUCAGUGCCUGCCGCAAGAAAGACGUUUUCCCGACCUGCUAGACAUUGCAUCGACCGCGCCGCCCUCGAGCUCAGUGAACGGCAUGGAUACAUCCUUCGACAUCGAUCUCGUGUACGACAACCUCUUCGAUCCAUUCCUCUUCAUGGACACGGAAACGACUACGUCAAUGCCCAUGGACACCGUGUUUCCUUCGUUUUCGGAACCCGACAUCACUGAGAAUGGACUGCACGAAGCGAGUGGGUCUUUGACUAAGCCUCCGACUAUGCCUUCGACCACUCGAAGGAUAACUAAAAAGUAA